AUGCCGCCGAGGAAAUGUGGGAAACUGGCCGACAUCACUUCCCACUACCUCAAUACAACACAAGCUGCUCCAAAAAAGCAAACAGUUUGCCCAAAAUCGUGAUAUUUAAAGCUAAUGUCAUUUUAGAAGGGCGGGAAAAGUUUGAAUGCGACUUUGCCGGCAACCCGCCGAAGUCGGAAAUCCUCACCAAGCAGGAGAAGCCCUGAGGAGGGUUUCACAAUCGUCGACCACAUGAAGUCCAUCAUUUUUUGUCUUUCGUGCAACUUUUGCAAUUGUAGACAAACUCCUUGAUUUUUUCAAAGCGAAGAGCUGUUUUUUUUCUGUUAAUUCAGUUUCAUUGAAAAAAAUAAAUCACGGCUUUUACAUUUACGCGUUUGAAUAGGUAAAAAGGCAUUAUAUUUUCUUUUAAUGGAGUUUUUCUUCAAGCGGUAGCCUUCAAAAGUUUCGUAAGUAACAAUUUGAUUUCAGAUUUGCUGACGCCUUUGAAAAGCGCAAGAAAUUGGAUUAUCUACCGUCAAAAGAAGUUCAAGACUCGACGAAACAGUGCAAAUACAUUUACUCGGUAAAAAUUGAGAGUUGCAACCUGAAAAAAUUGAAUGAGAUGCGGAGGUUUGAAACAAACUUUGCACGUGUUGCUGUUUUUCAUCGUUUUCUAAGCUAAUUCCGACAAGAAAAGAGUUUUUGUGAAAUUCGGUAUUUGCUUACUUUUUUAAACUGAUACUAGAUUCAUUUUGUGCUUGCAGAUCAAAUGGCGUAGCGGAAAGCAAGAAUGGUUGAUGGAGAAAGACGUGACGAGUAAUUCGCGACUUUUGGCGUAUAAACAGUCCAAAGGCUUGCCGGCCCGUCACGAAGUUACUUAUCGGCGCUUUCUGUGGAGUCAGUCGAGUUGAUAUAAUUUAACUAAGUCGAAACAGUUUCAAGUUAGAGAAGAACUUUUUUUGGAUUUUUUGGAGUCUACUUAAUAGAAAAUGAGCGACUUUGAAGGAUGUAAAAAAAGACUGUUGAAAUUUCUACAAGCGCCGCGGGCGAUGUACCGGGUGACAUUAACAGAAUUAUUGAGAGCUUUAAUCAAUUUUUUGAACUUAAGUUUCCGAAGAACUUCUUUAAACUGUUGGAUUCUACGACAUAAAAAAGAGCAAAUUAUUUUUCAUGUUCUUUGUUUAUUUUUCAUCGGUAGUUUUUUAUGCCUGAACUCUGAAAUUUCCAGAUGAUUCCGAUUCAGGAGCUGAAGAAGAAGAUUCUCCUUCUGAUACUACUACUACUAACAUAACGGUAGGUUUCAAAAAUUCGAAAUCGUUAAUGGAUUCAAAGCUAGCAAGUUGAACAUUACCACAUCAACUUGUAUUGAAAAAAAGUUCUCUACAUCUUAUUCAUGAGCUUCAAUUUUCAAAAAAAAAAAUGAAGCCCGAUUUCAGCUUAGAGGAAAGCGAAACCCCUUAAAACAACUUAACCAAACGGAGCAGUGUUUAAAACCGCCCAAAAAUAAUGCGAAAGGUAAGGAAAAAUCAGAAAAAGGAAAGUUUACGUAUUUUUUGAAGCGAACGUGACUUUUGCCGUCCCAGAAGUCCCGAAAGGAAAAAAGCCGACGGCUAAGCCGAAAAUUCAAGCCGUCCAGAAGGAACCAGCCGUUGAACCGUUGAAAGUCACGCCGGUGAAGAGGAAUUUCGAGCCGGAAGCCGUCGAACCUUCAGAGGAGCCUAAGGCCAAGUUACGGAGAAGAGUCGAAGUCGCGCAAUGUCGGGUGCUCGACAAACUUGGAUCCGUUCGUUUCAUGCAAUAAUUUGUGCCGAACUUGCAUUGAAUUUGAUGUGCCCACAGGUAGACCUUAUAGUAGAAGAUUUAUGAGUAACAAGAAACAAGGCUAUUUAGAAUAGUUCAUAUAGGGCUGAGGGAAGAGAUUCCAAAGAUUAUGGAAUACCAGAAAAAAAGGGGAGUCUAGAGAGUAUUGAGAUUAGAGUAUGAGAUGGAAUAUUCUGAAGUUCUAGAGAUCCGUUCCGGAAUCAAUAGAACAAUCGAGAGCGAAUCAAAAUUUUCUAGAAAGAUAAAGCAAAACUGAGAAGAUGUGAAACUUUCUAGAAGGAAAACCUUCAAAUAUGAACCCUAUGACGUAAUCAGACUACAAUUGAAGACGAGUAUAGAAUAUGUUGAGUUUCCAAAUUCAUUCAGUCUUUACAGAAGUUUACUGCUUAAUCAUGGGGUAGAUGAAAAGUUGCAUUUGUGUUGACCAGGAAAGGCUCGUAGAACAUCUUUCUCAUUCUUCUUAGGAAGUUGAACUUCCCGACGAUCAUUGUUUUUCCAUGAACAUUUUAAAAUCAGCUUAAUAUACGCGUUAUGUUCAACAGAAUUCAAGUGAACUGAUUCUUCAAAAGAACCCUUUGAAGAUGAAAUACUACGUCUAUAGUCCGUUUUUUGCGACUUGAAAGGGCGGGACUUCUCUGCGUCCUCCUCGUCUCUCGACGACCCUCUCAUGUUGACGCGCUCUGUUCGCGUUUCUGUGACCUCGCCGGUGAGGGAACAGAGAGACUCAGACACUCGAAAACUGUCAAGUCGCGGCGGACGGACUAUACCAGUUCUGUUGCUUCAAAGAAACAGUUUUGAAUGCUGUCGCGAUUUUUAUAACCUUUUUGAUCAAAUGCGCAUCCCAAAAAGUUGGUCCGAAAUGUAAAUUUUAGAAGGUUUAUCAAACUUUAGAGCAUUUUCUCAUAUUUUUGAGGUCUCGCAGUUAUUUUACAACGUAUUGAAAGUCAUACGGACUAAAAAAAAACCGACAAACUUUUGAAAGAUAUUAUGUUCAGGAAGGGAAAAAUCCAAUCAGGAGCAAAUGGGAAUGGUUAAAAAGUUAGGAUGACUAUUCAUUUUAGGGAAAUUGUUUUUAUUAGGGAGAAUAUUGCCUUUUUAUCAGCCCUGGAACCAUUUGAAGGUUCUUUGAACAUCAAUUUUCCAGGGCUCUCAGGCGGACGUCUACAAGGUUGAAUAUCUGCGGAACGGCGUUGAAUAUGCUGUCAAGGUUUUUUUAAAAUGAUAUUUUUUUGGUAAAAAGUUACCAUUUCCAGGUGUUCAAUAAAGAGACGGAGAUGCGAAAAAUUCUGGAUGAAAGCGUCUUGUUGAGGAAUUUGAAGUGGAACUUUUUUUUAAAAAUCUUAUUUUGGGAAAAUUAUACGUUUAGAAGACUUUUCGAAGUUCGUGUUAUAGUUAUAAUGAAUUUAGCAUCGUUCAGGCUAAUUUUGAAGAUUUGAGUGGAACAUUGGAAUAAUAUCUGUUCAAAAAAAGGUUAUAUUUUCAAAUUGGGUUCGAUCCUAUUCGAAAAGGCGAAUUUUUAAAAUUUUCAUCAGCAUCAUCAUCAGUUUAUUCAUUUUACAAUAAAUAAAACAUUUCUAAGGGCCAUAAGACCUCUUAUUAGAAAAGUAGGACUAGGGAAGUUUGAAACAAAACAAAAUAGCAUUUUAAAAGUUAGGAGAAAUUUUUAGAAAAGGUGUAAAUAUAGACAUGUUUGCAAUUAAUUUUUUCCUAAAAGCGGGGAUCUUUGCUCGAAAUUUUUUUUGUAGAGUGGCAUUAGAGAGAAAGUUAGAUCGAAUCGAUUCUUACAAUAACUUUUUUUUUUGAAACGCUCCUUUUUACAGUCACCCCAACAUACUGGAGUUCUUGGAAGAAGAUUGCUGGGCCAGAGAUUUGGUUCAUAUCAUCGAACUUGCCGAUUGCUCGCUCUAUGAUGAGAUCAACCAGGGAAUAUCUUUUGACUUUCCAGCCGCUUCUAGGUAUCUUUUUCUGAAUUUUGGUUUAUCUCUUCUCUUUAUUUUUUGAUGAAAAAUGCCUCGAAAAUGCUCGGACCUUGGUAACGAAAUCCGGACGUUUCUCUAAGAGGGCUAUCGCUGCUAAAGCGACCCCUUGAACAGCUUAGAAACGUCUGGGGCGCGUUUGUUAUUUAUGUCGUAGUGCUGUAGAUCACAGUUUUUUCGUGAUGGUUCUAAACGUUUAAUAAAAUAGAAUUACAUAAAGCUUUAGGCUUAGAAAAUCCAGGAAGUCGAAAAUAUCAGAAAAGACAGGCGUUAUCAGCCAGUCAGAGUCGUUAUACACUAAAAACGAACUUUCAAGACGUAAUAUAUAUUUAUUUUUUUAGAUUAUGCGGAGACAUCCUACGGGCCCUGACAUAUUUACACGAAAAGUCGGGAGUUCACAGAGACGUCAAACCGGAAAAUAUCCUUCGAGUGAAGGAUGUUUACAAGGUAGAUAGAUAAACCCGAGCCCCUGUAGUCGUGAGUAGAAUGGCUCGACGCGUUGCGGUCGCGCGGCGGUUCUGAUUGCAAGUUGAUAGCUUGCCCUGGAGGCAAUAUCUACUAUGAAGUCGCUUUCUUACUCACUUAAGGCUCCCCGUUAAUCCAUUCUACUGGCGAUAAACUUAUCUCACCUGUGAUUGUCAGUUUUGUUUAUUGCGCGCCAGCUUGUCACGUUUUUUUUCUGAAUACCGUAUGCCUUCGGAUAAUAGGUCUCGAAGCGCAGGCGCGAAAUCGCUCAAAAAAAACUUUGCUUACUGUUUUUUCCCUUUUUAAAAAAGAAGAACGUGAAAAAUUGGCGCGGAACAGAGAUAAGCAGAAUACCACGUUGCACGCUUUUUUGGAGUUCUCUUUCUGAAUUUCAAAAAACUUAUUUUUGCCUAUCUCUGACCCUGUUUUCACUGUAACUUGUGAAAUGAGAGUUUGCAGCUCGCCGAUUUCGGAAUCUAUACGCAAGGAUCGUCGACCAGCAAAGUCGGAACGGACUUGUACAUGGCGCCCGAAGUCGAUGGAAACUCUAAUUAUGGGUCCAAGGUUUCCAGAAACAAUCGUGUCAUGAAAACUUGGCUCAUCUUGAAGAUCGUCUAAAGCUGUUGUUUGCACUGUUAUUACAGGUCGAUUGCUAUGGAUUUGGUGUCGUUCUGGCCGAAGUCUUGAGCACUAAGUUUUUGCAGAGUGGCGCCGAUCUGACAGAGGUCGAAAGAUAGUACAAGUGUUUGAAAAUCACAAGAAAAAGUUUCAGUUCAACGAAAAAAUCGAUUCCUUUGCCGCCAGGGAUCUCAUAGCUCUUCUCACAGAAGCGAAUCCAAACUUCAGGUGACGAUUUUAAGUUUGAGAAGUUUUUUGAAUAUUUUUUGUUUCAGAAUAUCUGCAAAAGGCGCUCUAUCGCACCCUUUCAUCGUAGAGAAGGGCUCGAACGGACUCGACCAUUAUAAAGUCGCGAAGAUAAAGAUUCAGAUUGGCGAUAAGAUCAAGGUGAUUGGAGAUGUUGGGGAAAAUGUUCAGCAAAAAGAUAAUUCCAUGGGCUCCCAUUCUUUCCGGAAACAUGAUGUUUUGAAGAUAAUUUAGAUUUUCACAGCUUGUUUGAAAAUAAUAUAGCUCAGAAUUUAAAUAGUCUGGCCUGUCUGCGCACUCUUCUCCCUCAUCGGCGAGAUUAUGGAAACAUCAGAAUAGCAUGUGGACAUUAGAUCGUCGCUGAGAGGAGAGAAAUCAGAAUGCUUCAAGUCUCAGCUAAUGGGCUUCAAAGAAUUGGAAAAAUUUAUAUAUAUUUAUUCAUCAUUUUUAGGACACAACCGUGCUCUAUCAGAUGCACGAAGUCGUCGCACAGGUCCGACGGCGUCUGACGCACAUGUGGAUGCCCAAAAACCCGGAAAACAUGUGGUUCGAACUUAUUUUCUUCUCGAUGUUAGAAAAAGCGAAAGAAGAGGAAUUGUUGAGCCUUUUUUUUUCUGAAUUUUCCUUUGAACACGUCUUGGAGUUAUCAGAAAUUUAUCAAUGCAUUUCGACUUUUGAAAAAAACUAAAAAAAAUUGGAGGGUUAGACGUAAAAAAUCAGGGAAAUUUUUAGGUUGACAAUCACGAACCGAAAACACAAGGAAGUUCUCCGCCGGGCUGAAAUCUGCUGCGACAGCCGCAAUUUCCAAGUCGCCAUAGCCGACUUUAAUAUUAAGGUUCUCAUACCCUAACGUGGAAAGUCAUUUAAGCGUAGGGUUUGGAAUUUGCUAUGGCUAACGUAAUAGCCUGCGGAGCCUAUGAUCAAUGUUCAAAUUUUUUUAUGCUUUCAAGAGUUUACGAGCACGCUCCAAGCUGCAUACCAUGGUUUUUGGCGCCGACGCAAAGUUUUAUGGGAUUUUUGUCCUCUUUAUCUGCAUUUCGUAUUCUAAUUUCAUGAAUUUUCAAUGGUAGAGAAAAAUUUCAUUGAUUUCAGGUGCUUUACCAGCGCAUAACGAUGCCAAACGUUAAAAACGACGAUGAGAAAGACAUGGCAAUGCCGGUUCGGGUUCGAUACCUCUCUUGGGGCACCGUCCCAAAGCUCGUCUAUGUUUGUUUACUUUUCCUAGUUUAAAAAACAUACCCUUGAAAAAAAAGGCUCGUUUAAGGUUUUCUGAGCAAUGUACAAAUCAACGAGUUCCAGAAAAUGGGGUUGAUUUAGGAGCAUUUUUAGAAAAAAAAAUAUAAUUCAAAAAAUAUGUUUUAGUUCCAAAAAUAAAAGUAAGUUCAGAGUACUGGCUUCACUUAUGGAAGGCUUGGGAAGAAUCCUGGGCGGCUUAAUAAAUGGUCUGCUCGUGUACAAACGCGUCAGAAAAAAAUCACUAAAAAAAUUAUUUUGUUCACAACUCUCCUCUAGAGAGCUCAAUCUUCCUGAACUUUUUGAAGCUGAGUUUUUUUCCUGGCGACUUUUUCAAAAUUUUAAAGUUUUUUUUAGUUCUAAAUUGUUGGAUUGUCCAAAAUUCUCGAUUGCGGUUACGGUUAAGUUGUAGGUUUCGAAAAAUCAAAUAUUGGCGGCUCAAAAUAGGAGAUUUUUUUUUUUUUCGAUAAAUUUCAUGUAAACCUUUUUAACUCAACCUGCAAUCGAAGUGUCGAGUGUCGAGUGCAAAAUAUCGUUCAUUAAGAUGUAAGAGCAUUCUCUGGAAAAAAUGGAAAUAAAAAUCAUAAAAAGUGACCAAACCGACCGACUUUUCCAGAAGGCCAGCGAAAACUUUCAUGAGAAAGAAAAACAUCCUCGAUUUUUCAUGUGAUUUGUUGAAAUGAUAAGCUUUGAAAAAAAGUAAGAUAAAAUAUAAAAAUCGCAAAAAAUUUUUCCAAAAAAAUCAAGAUUUCUCAAAAAAAUAAUUGUGCGCUUUUUGGUUGAAAAACUUUAUUAAAAAAACCUUCAAAAAAAGAAAGAAAUUUAGUGAAUAACUUAAUAUAUUUUUCUGACAAAAACUGUAAAACCUUCAUGUCGAUAACUUUCCUAGCACUUCGAACUUGAAUAUCUUCGAAAGAAAUUUUUAACAAGACUGAAUUUCAAUUUUUUUUUUCAGUUGGUGAACGACAUGUCAGUGCGGGAGCUGAUAGACGUCCUCCUGAAAGAUUUCGAGAUCCCGAAGGAGCUUCACUCGGAAUUCAGACUCCUUUGCGCCGAAAGAGAUCGUAACAACCGUGUCAAACAAGAAUUUCUAUAUGAUGAGUCUCGCUGCAGGACCGCCUAUAUCGGUAACGAUUUUUAUAGAAAAGAGGACUUUAACAAAUAGGGAUAAAAGAUGGGCUGGUUGAACGAAAGCUCAGAGGGGAUAUGUAGGAACGGCCUUGAAAAAUCCUCAGUUAACAUAUUAAUUGCUGAUUUAUUUUUUUAAGACGAGCAUAAAUACUUGAUGUUGUACCGGAAAGACGAGAACAACGUGACGCUCAACGAGACGGUCGCCGUCAAGUCAAAAUCCUGA